GUUAGAUUGACAGCUCGUACCGCUCUCAUCUAGAGGAAGAAACGAGAGCUCCCGUUGUGUGAGGAACGCAAUCACCACUCACGUCUUCUGCGGAUUUCUCCCGGAUUUAUUUUUGUACUUUUGAAGAAGUUUGACGGGACGCGCGCUCAGUUUGGAGUUUAUAAGAACCUGCGGGGGAUGAAAGUGAAGCGGACUCCUUCCCCAAAGUAAUAGAGGAGGAGGUUUAGACCUGCAGUGCGUUUGAUGGCUGCUGGGGAUGGAGCCCAGCUGCCGGCCACCGUAGCGGCCAGCCGGAGCGUGGAGAAGGCGCUGGAGGAGGCUGCUGCGAGCGGGGCUCUUAACUUAUCCAACCGUAAACUGAAGGAGUUUCCCCGCAGCGCCAAGAACUACGACCUAUCUGACAUCACACACGCAGAUCUGUCUAAGAACCGUCUGUGUGAGCUGCCGGAGGAGCUGUGUCAGUUCAUCUCUCUGGAGACCCUGAGCCUCUACCACAAUGGAAUGCGUUCACUGUCCUCCAGCCUGGGCAACCUGCAGGCCCUCACCUACCUCAACCUCAGUCGUAAUCUUCUUUCCAGUUUGCCCCCGUCGGUGUUUCAGCUCCCCCUCCUGAGGGUGCUCAUCGUCAGCAACAACAAGCUGUGUUCACUGCCCGCCUCCAUAUUCUCCCUCACACACCUCCGACAGCUGGAUGUAAGCUGUAAUGAGCUGCAGGGUCUGCCUGCAGAGCUCGGGCAGCUCGAGUGUCUGAGGGACUUGAACCUGCGGAGGAACCAGCUCACCACUUUGCCUGAAGAAAUAUCCGAGCUCCCUCUGGUCCGGCUCGAUAUCUCCUGCAACCGCAUUUCCCAUGUGCCCUUGUGUUACCGCCACCUCCGGCACCUCCAGAGCAUCUCACUGGACAGCAACCCCCUCCAGAUGCCCCCUGCACAGAUCUGCUCCAAGGGCAAAUACCACAUCUUCAAGUACCUCAACAUGGAGGCCUGCAAAAGGGGACAGGAUGAGCUGGAGAGACACCUGAGGCCCACUGGGUUCAACAGCUGUCUGUCGGACCAGGAGCUGUUCUCGGGUCAGUUUGGGGGUCUGGACUCAGGAUUCAACAGUGUGGACAGCGGCAGCAAACGCUGGUCUGGGAAUGAGUCAGCAGACGACUUCUCUGAGCGCUCCCUCCGCCUGGCUGAGGUCAGCAGGGACCAGAGGAACCUUGAGGAAGAGGAAGAGGAGGAUGUAUCCCCUCUGGAGGCCAACAAAGUGAACGGAGAAGCAGAGCACGUGGACUUCAUCGACAGCAGUGUGACGGAGGAAGAGGAGGAGGAGAUGAGGACCAACCCGCCCACGCCUCCUCUCACCGCUCCUCCUCUGGAGCAGAAGGAGAGCUCUUCAUCACCCCAAACGCAGGACUCGUCAUCACGCAGGUCCAGCCUCCACGUGGACGUGUGCCCCCCUUCAUCAUCCUCAAAUUCUUCCUCCCCCCUGUCUCCCUCCAGCCCCUCCCUGGAAGAGCGGAGGAGGCCAGGUAACCUCCAGAUCUGGCAGGAGAGAGAGCGUCAGCAACAGCAGCAGAGAGAGAAGGCCAGCACGCUGAAGUUACCCAGCAGAACAGGAAGUCAUGUGUCCGCAGCAGCUCAGUCAGGAAGUACCUCAGCUGGUGCAUCUCCAGAAAACAGCAGCUCUCUCUCCGGCCUGAGGCAGAGAUGUGCGAGUGCUGAUCAGAUGACCGGUGCGCAUCAUCUGACUCUGCUACAACGUUCCAGCAGCAGAACAGAUUUCCCGCCCUCCCCGAAGACGUCCCCUCCUGCCGGCCCAGCUCAGAAACCAAACAGUUUCCUGUUCCGCACCUCGUCCCGCAGCAACGUCAAACCUGCAGUCUUCACUCUGGGAGAGUCCGGCCGCAGUGAGUCUCGUACGGUGCUGCGUUCACCUAAAGAUGAGAGAGCAGACAUCACACAGCUACGCAAGACUCUGGAGACUCGGCUGAAGAUCACUCUCUCAGAGGACCUGGGUGAGGCUUUAUCAAAUGGCACCGUCCUCUGUCAGCUGGUCAACCACAUCAGACAGCGCUCCGUCUCAAUCAUCCACAUUCCCUCUCCAGCUGUGCCAAAGCUGAGCUCAGCAAAGUGUCGACUCAACGUUGAGAACUUCAUCACUGCUUGUCGUAAGCUGGGAGUCCCUGAGACGGACGUGUGUGUGUUCUCUGAUGUGCUUCUGUGUAAGCUGCCCACUGUGUCGCGCUGUGUGGCGGCUCUGCUGUCCGCGGAGGCGAGGGGGGAGACGGCAGAGGAGCGCUCCCCCUGCCACUCCUCACCUUCAUCGUCCUCCUCGUCUCCCUCACUGCUGUCCACAGGUUUCCUGUUCUUCUACUGCAUCGCCAUGGCCCUGCUCUACGUCCUCUACUACUACCUGUUCACCUAGAGGACUUAUACACACUUACUAAGCACACACACACAGUGACAGGUGUGUGUGUUUUCAUGGCUGUAAGGCAGACCGAGCACCUUUAAGAAACAGAAAAGCACAGAGCAGCUCUACAUGUAGAGAAGCGGGACACUGAGUGAGGGAGCGGAGAAUGCCUUAGCCUGGGUUAGCCUUCACUCUGUAACGCACAGCAGGUUUGAAAAGUUUAAAUCUGAGGCUGAGCUGCUUUAAGAGGAAGAAAUCUCAUCCAGAAGAGCAAAGGAAACGCGUCUGACCUUGACAUGUAUCGUACGUCACUUUUAAGGCUGCAGAGGAACCAAUAAAUGAAUUAAAUAUCUAAAAAUUUAAAUCUAGUUUCCCUUCUACUCUGGUAAUUAUGGUACUGAACCACUGCUGCUCUCUGUAGUUCACUGAACGUCCCUAAAGUCGGAUCACCAACUCAAAAACUCUGAGCAACUUCUGUUAACUCAAGCUCUAAAUCUUGACUUUUAAGUCUAUCUGUGGACGUUGUGAUUUUGCUUUGCACCCAAACCUUCAUGUCGUGUGUCGUCAUCAUGCUGAGAGUUCUCUUCAGACUCAGGUUACAUGAAGAUGUUAAAAUGCAAAACGGUGGCGUACUCUUGCGUGAUUAAAACAGAAAGAUGAUCCCAAAAAGGUCUGGAAGAGAUUUAGCUUUAAGCGUUUAACCUCAAGCAAACUACUGUCUGUUUUAUUACCACUUCUAAACUCCUCACAGGAGCUUUAACAGAACUACAGAAGCAGUUUUAAAGCUGACAGACGUUAACGUGAGUGACUAGUUAUGAGCUGUAAAAGCAAACAAGACCAUUCGCCACAUAACUCACUGUUACUACAGUUAUGAUGCUGCUGCAAGGUGGAAGUCGUGCAAAGUGAUUGCUAAACAGUCUCUUCUUUAAGUCUUCAACAAAGAAGAUUCUUAGUGAGAUUUAUCAGACUGUUUAUGAGCAAAACUCUGCAGAAAUCUGAUUUAAAUCGUACUUCAAAAAACAGUCGGAUAAGAUUUAAAGAACUCAGACUUCCUAACCUCAGGUUUUUUCUGUUACUGGAUAUUUUAAAAAAGCUGGAAGAAGAGCUGAAGUUGGAUCCACGUUAAAAAAAUUCAAGUUAAAUUCAACCUGACUUUGAUGAUCAAAACUCCAGACUUAAGUUUAACCAAAUAUUAAACUUUGUGGUGGAAACAGAGGUUAGUUAUCAUCUGACGAAGACAAAGACGACAGCAAACUUUGAAUCAGGUCCUUUCUAAAUGUUCAUCAAGGCAGUACUACAAAGUUUGUUUUUAAUUUUGGAAACUGUCCUUUUAAAAUAAAUGUAGAUGUUCCUCCAUAUUUAAAAAUGCUGCUGACUAAAAUUGUAGAACUUCACAGCUGAUGUCAGACUGCGCUUCUUUCCUCUUCCUCACUAAGAGAUCACAUCUUCCUCCCGAGCGGCUCGGCCUCAGACUCAGAGAGAGAAACCUGAGACUGAACUGUGAAUGUGAUCAGAAGCAGCUUUGAGAAAAAGGAGCUUGGAUGUUGAACAGUGAGAGAAACGAUACAGUGCCUCCUCUCACUGAACCCUGAUUGAGACCACUGGCUCUUACUUUAAUGUCUGCUAUGCUAACUGUGAGCAGCAGGGGGCGCUGUCGCUGCAUCAUUCCCCUGCUGGCUUCAAACUGACGGUACAGACUCCAGCAGGAGGUCGUGUGUGUGUGUGUGUGUGUGUGUGUGUGUGUGUAUGUGUAUGUAUGUCUGUGUGUGUGUGUGUUUGUGUGGUGGUUGCUCUGACCUGCUGACUCCAUGUUUGUAUAAAUGUAAACAGGUUAUUAAAUUAUUGAUUUUAUUUAUUUGUGUUAUGUUUGUUUCCGUGGUGAAGCAGCAGAGUGUUUAAAGCACACUCAGGUGAAUUAGAUCAAAUCAAUAUUCAGUUAUUCCCACUUAAAAUAACAUCGAUCCUUCAAACUUUCCCUUUCAUUUGAUUGGUUCGUAAUUGAUUACCUGGAGGCUGCACCUUUCAGCGAGCAUUAAACGGCCUCUGCUGUUUCCACCACGCGCUGCCUCCACUCACAGAAGGUCAACGUCUGAAACCAAACACAGAUUGGAAACAGAUUUUAUGACUCCAGCUGCAGCUUGAUAUCAAUUAUUGAGGUUUUCUGCUGCUAAAGCUUUAAAGACAGAUUAUUGUUCUCUCUUAUGAGGUCUCUGAAACAACUUACAACCAUAAAUGUCUCUUUAAAACUUCUAUGAGAACUAUUCAUGGUGUGACAACAACACAUGUCAAACUGAGUCCUUUGAAAUGACCUUUAUUCUGAAAACAUGGAGCCUGAAAACACAAAAUAUAUAGAGAGAAACACAGUCAAACAUAAACCCUUAAUUUAAUGAAUUAUCCAAGCUAAACUUCAAAUUAUUUAAUGUUAUUUUGUCCUUCAAACUGAAAUCAAAGAGUUUUAUUGAAGUUCAUUUGUAGUUUUGUGUUUUGUUUAUCUCUAUUUGGUGUUGUACGUUGGAGCAUCAGAGCCACAUUGCAUAAAAAACAUCCAACAUUUCAAGACUGAAGUUAUAAUAUUACGACAUUUUUGCACCACCUCUUCUGAGUCCUGAUACUUUGACAGCUGCUGGGUCGGGUGGUGUUUAUAAAGAUUAAGUAGAUGCUCCAUGUUCCUUAUUUCAAAACAGACUGCUGGCUGAUCUUCAAAAUAAAGCACUGGCUAAAAUUACCGUUGCUGUUUAUUCCCCUAACAUUUGAAGGUUUUCUUGAAAUCUCAGAUUCUUGUUUCUUUAAGUGGCCUUAAAACUCUGUCCUAGUGUUUCAUCCAGUCAGAGAAAGAAAGCUGGAAAGUAAUGUAGUCAGAUGAAGCCAGUUUGUUCCCGUUAGCCAAAGUGUUUCUAAAUAAGUUGAAUAGCUGCAGCCGUUAAAUAACAAACACAGACGCAGAGGUCGUAACUAUUUAAGUUUCUCCAGCAUUGCUACAUAAUCUGUUUACUUUUUUAAUAGCUGAGGUUAGUUGAGAGCUAGCUAGCUAAGUCAGAGUUGAGUGUUUAAACUCAGUUACUUCAGCAGUACUUUGCUCAGCCUCUUAGCUACUGCUUGCUAUUUAGCUGGCUAAGCAAGUGGCAGCAGUAGCCCGUCCAGUUGGUUUAUUCAUUACUGUUUAAGCAUUGAAUAGCAGCUAACUGGCUAAAUAAUGUUUAAACAGAAUACUGUUAGCUUAUAGUGAGACCAUUUGAUGCUGAUCAUGCUAACUAGCAUGGAUCAGGUUGCAACUGUUGUCACUUAGACUUGGAUCAUUUGUUACUGUAGCUAACAGAAGCUAGCUAGCUUAAUGUGAGAGCAGUAAUUGGUCUUAACAACUGCUAAUUGUCCAGGAUGCUCUUAGCAAACAUUGUUGCUCGCUGGCUAAAUGUAGGAGCAGUUGUUAAGUUUAGCACCAGCUGUUGCUUUAGCCAACAGAGGUUAGCUGGCAUUAUGUUGGACGAGCUGCUGAGGUUAUCAUCUAUUUUGCUUUGGCUAAUGGCGCCAACUGGCAGGGGGGGAAGUUAUUGUGCUUCACGAAUUUUGUUGCCGAAGCAAACACAAGUUAGCUGGAUAAUGUGGGAGCUGUCAUUACCUUUAUAGCAUACUUUGUUACUGCAGUUACAGAGCUAAAUGUUGGGCAGUCAAUGGGCUGAUAUUGAAUAUAGCAUCUGCUGUUGCUUUUGCUUAUAAAAAAUUGCUGGUAAAUAUUGAGUAGAAGCUAACUAGAUAAUGUGGGAGCACUCUUUCAUGUGUUGUAGUUUGAUGUAACCUGAGACAAGGGUCCAGGGAAUUGUCCGUGUAAGCUACAGCUGCUUAGCUCGGCAACUGACGCUAAAUGGCUAAAUGGCUAAAUGUAGGAACUGUUUUGGACUUUAGCAUUAUCAUAAGCUAACUAGCUCAAUUUGAGAACAGUUGUUGUUUAAACUACAGAAACUAACUUGCUGUGUGACGUAUGAUGUGUUGUUGAACUAACUAUCAUGUGUUACUGCAGUUGUUGAGCUUAGCUUAGCAAGAGUUGGCAAAAUUGUUUAUCUUAGCAUGAGUUGUUGCUAAUAGCUAACAGAAACUAGCUAACAUGAGAUUGAAUAGUGUUUUGAAUUAAAGCGUCAUGAUAAAAAAUGCAGAAUCACUUAUAUAAACGUUUAAAAUCGUCUUCUUCAAACCAAAUGAACUUCAGUAAAACUCUUAACAGUUUAAAGUCCCAGGGGUUUAAUUAAUUUUGAAUUAUCCGUCCACCUUUCACAGAAUGUAUUCAUCAUUAUCACUUUUAUUUAUCUUUUGUUGAUUCUUUUGGCCCCAAACUGAAAAAGACCGAGUUUAUUUUGUAUCUUAAUCUUCAUGUUUCACACGUUGUACAGCACAGUUAAUUCACUCCACCGUUUAUUUCACGUCCUCGUCUCUGCUGUCGUCUUGAGGUCAGAAAGUCCUCUGUAAAAAUCCCCUCCCCGUGUCUGAAUGUUUUUAUGAGCCUGCUGUUAAUAUUAAAUUUAUACUGUUUAUAUUUUAUAAGUGAAACUGGAUCCGCAUCUCUCAGUAAUUCACCCACUGGCUUAGACCGAGUUAUAUUCUUUAACAUGUUAGCUGAACAGACGCACCCUUUGUAUUUUAUAUUUAUAUAUGACACUCUUGUAUUAUUCAGAAUCUUUUUGAGUUUAUAUAAAUCUAUAUGUAAAGUUUUUUCCCGCCUGCUGUAAAGAAUUUAUUAAAACUUUGAACUUUGAA